GACGUGGCUCCGCCCCGCAGCCUGUGCGAGCUGCAGUGUGGCCCAAUGCGCCAGGCACCAUGCGUCUGGAAGCAAUUCGCUACUCGCCCGGGUCGCUGCAGAUCCUCGACCAGCUGCAGCUGCCUGAGCACUGCCGCUACGAGGCACUGGGUUCGGUGCAGCAGGCCAGGGAUGCCAUCCGCGCCAUGAAGGUGCGCGGCGCCCCCGCCAUCGCGCUGGUGGGCUGCCUCAGCCUGGCGGUGGAGUUGCGGGCUGGCGCCGGCGGUCCCGGACUUGCAGCUCUGGUGGCCUUCGUGCAAGAUCAGCUGCGCCUCCUCGUCGCCGCCAGGCCCACUGCUGUCAACAUGGCCCGUGCCGCCCGCGAUCUGGCUCGCGUGGCAGCUCGGGAGGCGGAGCGGGAAGGCGCCACCGAGGAGACGGUACGGGAAAGAGUCAUCCGCUUCGCCGAGGAUAUGUUGGAGAAGGACCUCAGAGAUAAUCGGAACAUCGGGGACUUGGGAGCCCGCCACCUCCUGGAGCACACCAACCCCAGGGGUGGCAAGGUGACCGUGCUGACCCACUGUAACACUGGCGCUCUGGCUACCGCUGGCUACGGUACAGCCCUAGGUGUGAUCCGCUCCCUACAUGAGAUGGGCCGAUUGGAGCAUACCUUCUGCACAGAGACCCGGCCCUACAACCAGGGAGCCCGGCUGACAGCCUUCGAGCUGGUGUAUGAGCAGAUCCCUGCUACUCUCAUCACGGACAGCAUGGCCGCCGCUGCCAUGGCACACCAGGGUGUAUCAGCUGUGGUAGUGGGAGCUGACCGUGUCGUUGCCAAUGGAGACACAGCCAACAAAAUAGGCACCUACCAGCUGGCCAUUGUCGCCAAGCACCACAGUAUCCCCUUCUACGUGGCUGCCCCCAGCUCAUCCUGUGACCUCCAUCUGGAGACUGGCAAGGAGAUUGUCAUAGAGGAGCGCCCUAGCCAGGAGCUGACUGACCUGAAUGGAAUCAGGAUUGCAGCACAGGGAAUCCGGGUUUGGAAUCCUGCCUUUGAUGUCACCCCCCAUGAACUCAUCACUGGUGGCAUCAUCACUGAGCUGGGUGUCUUUGCCCCUGAGGAGCUCCAAGCAGCCCUAAGUGCCUCCAUCUUCUCAGAGGGACAGACGCUAGAUAGUCCCCAGAUGUGACUCCCCGACCUUCCCUGGUUCCUCUGAUUUUGUAAUAAAGUUUUCAAAUGGCUA